GCGGCGGCCGCGGCGGUGACAGCCGCUCCCCGCCCCCGGCGGCCCGCCACGUCCCUCACGUAGCGCCCGGCCGAGACGCGGAGCGGCGGCCUGGCGCCGGGGCUCCGGCUCCUCCGGCGGGGCUAGGCAUGAAGCUGGCGCGGCUGCUGCGCGGAGCCGCCGUGGCCGGCCCGGGGCUGCGCGCCGCCGGCCCCCGCGACCGUCGCAGCUUCGCCUCAGACUCCGGUUCGGGUCCGGCGGCGGAGCGCGGCGUUCCGGGCCAAGUGGACUUCUACGCGCGCUUCUCGCCGUCGCCGCUCUCCAUGAAGCAGUUCCUGGACUUCGGAUCGGUGAAUGCUUGCGAAAAGACCUCAUUUAUGUUUCUGCGGCAGGAGUUGCCCGUCAGAUUGGCAAACAUCAUGAAAGAAAUAAGUCUGCUUCCCGAUAACCUUCUCAGGACACCGUCUGUUCAGUUGGUACAAAGCUGGUACAUCCAGAGCCUUCAGGAGCUUUUGGAGUUUAAGGACAAAAGUGCUGAGGAUGCGAAAGCCAUUUAUGACUUUACAGAUACUGUGAUCCGAAUCAGGAACCGCCACAAUGACGUAAUUCCCACAAUGGCGCAGGGAGUGGUUGAAUACAAGGAGAGCUUCGGGGUGGAUCCUGUCACCAGCCAGAAUGUUCAGUACUUCUUGGAUCGAUUCUACAUGAGUCGCAUUUCAAUUAGAAUGUUGCUCAAUCAGCACUCUUUAUUGUUUGGUGGGAAAGGAAGUCCAUCUCACCGAAAACACAUCGGAAGCAUAAAUCCAAACUGCAAUGUAGUUGAAGUUAUUAAAGAUGGCUAUGAAAAUGCUAGGCGUCUGUGUGAUUUAUAUUAUAUUAACUCUCCUGAACUAGAGCUUGAAGAACUGAAUGCAAAAUCACCAGGACAGCCCAUACAAGUGGUUUAUGUACCGUCCCACCUCUAUCACAUGGUGUUUGAACUUUUCAAGAAUGCCAUGAGAGCAACCAUGGAACACCAUGCCGACAAAGGUGUUUACCCUCCUAUCCAAGUCCACAUCACACUGGGUAAUGAGGAUUUGACUGUGAAGAUGAGUGACCGAGGAGGUGGCGUUCCUCUGAGGAAAAUCGACAGACUCUUUAACUACAUGUACUCAACUGCACCCCGGCCUCGAGUAGAGACUUCCCGCGCAGCACCCCUGGCUGGUUUCGGUUAUGGAUUGCCCAUAUCUCGUCUUUAUGCCCAGUACUUUCAAGGAGACCUAAAGCUGUAUUCCUUAGAGGGCUAUGGAACAGAUGCAGUGAUCUACAUUAAGGCUCUGUCCACAGAAUCCAUAGAAAGACUGCCUGUGUAUAACAAGGCUGCCUGGAAGCAUUACAACACCAACCAUGAAGCUGAUGACUGGUGUGUCCCCAGCCGAGAGCCAAAGGACAUGACGACUUUCCGCAGUGCCUAGAUGCUCCGGUCACACCUGCCAAGGCCAAGUGUGGAUUUUGUGUUAAAUUUGGAGGGGAUGGGUUCAGAACUACAUUAUACCAAAUACUUCACAGAUUGUUCUCACAGUUAACUGAGUGGAAUCAGUGGCAGCUUGAGUUCCACUCGUGCCUGGCAAACCUCCUGAAGGAUGGAACUGUCUCUAUUGUAUACUUUUAGUCAAUUGGAUGUAACUUCAGACAAACCUAGAUUUGGUUAAUUUUUUUUCUUUCUGUAGGCUUCAGAUGUGUGCAUGUCUUAGGUUUCUAUAGUAAGCUGUCUUUUUAAAAGUAUUUUUCACUUGUGUCUGCUGGAAACAUUUUAUAAGUACUGAUUGUAGUUGGUUAACCAAUUUUCUGUGAUUUGGAGAUGUUCUUGCUAUCCUACAUUGAAUUGUGAAAACUAAAAUAUGGUGACCAACUACACAUAAAGCAGAAUGCAUAUACCUUGUAAACCUAGGACCAGCUCCCUUUCACUAUCAGCUGUCUACAUGCAUUGUCUUAGCUCUGAAGUUAAAUUUUAAAAUUUUAUGAUAAAAGAUUGCAGUGGCUAGUUUCCUGUAGAUCUAAAGCCAAGA